AUGGUGCAUAAUGAAGAUGGAUCUUAUACUUAUGGAUACGAAGGAGCCGAUGGAUCAUUCAAAAUAGAAACUAAAUUGGCGACGGGUGAAGUGAAAGGAAAAUAUGGAUAUGUCGAUGAAAAUGGAAAGGUACGAGUGGUAGAAUAUGGUGCAAACAAAUAUGGCUUCCAACCAGCUGGUGAGGGUAUAACUGUGGCACCACCAACGUUGGUCGAUGAAACUACAAGGAAGGAUGGAUCGAUAAAUCCAGAUUAUGAUGAUGGUUCCUUCUACCAAGUUACCGCUGCUCCUAAACCACAGCAGCAAGUGUCACGUGUAUCCCGACCACCAUCGCACGCAGUUCCGCAAUUCCAAGAAUAUGAACCUCAACAGUAUGAGCAGCCCCAGGUCGUGCAAUAUAGGCCAUUGCCACCAGGCGCUAGAUCCCAGGCUGUGCCAAGUGUGGUUUACUCUCCACAACCAAGACCGCCCAGGCCAGAACCAGUCGACUACUCAGUGUCGAACGCUAGAUCACAGCCACAUUAUACCCAAAUUGAUUCAUCUGCGGCCAGACCUGCGCCACACCAAACUUUGUUCAGAGCCCAACCAGCACCCCCAUCUUAUAGCGUGAGACCUGAACCACAGGUACCACAAGUAUCUUAUGCCAGCCAACCCGCUCCAGUGAGGCCGAGUCCACCAGUUAGGCAAACACCAGCCAGAGGAGUUUUGGACCAAUUAGCUAAAGAUUAUGCUCUACCUCCAGGCGGUGCACCCGCUCUGCACGAUGUCAGCUUCGGCUAUUAUUAAGUCAAUGCACUUGUUACGUUUCAAAGAUAAAAACAUUUACGAAAACAAAAGUCACCAAUCGACAACAAUUAAAAAAAUUGCGUUAGUCAAACAUAAUAAUGAGUUAGUGCAGUGAUCAAAUUCUUACUUUGAAUCUUAUUGUAAGUUCACAUAUGUAAACCAUG